AUGUCGAUCUGGCAAUGGAGGAGUACGAGUGCACACUCUGCGAGCAUGGGAUCGCAGGUAUCCCUGCAUGAUAGCUCAGUGGACCGCUCGCACUCCGGGACGCCAGAAGCAGGGCGGCGUUAUAACACUCUGGAGCAUCCGCGAAUAAUUGAGAGGCAUUUCGGAGAGGCGGUAAGGGCACGAUGGAAGCUACUGCGGAAGCUCUCCGGGAGCGGACAGCUGGAUGUGGGGCCUCCGGAUUUGGUGCAUGUGACAGGAUAUGACAGAUACCACCAGGUGCAGAUUGGGGAACACCACUACAUUACGGGUCUAGACGUAUCCAGCGAGGCGAUGCCUAUCGCGUACAUGAACACGCUUCGGCUGGGGCGAAAACAUACAGAGGACGAAGACGACCUGGUCUGCACGUUCUGCACAGUGAACCUGUUCUCGAAGGUGGACGUGCGGAUCCGGUUUGAGUCGGAGCGGGCGUUUCAGGUGUACGCGGUUGACUGCGGUUCCGAUGAGCAGGUUCAGAUGAGCGACGGCUUGUGGGAGGAGACUUUUGUGAGCGGGUGCAUUCGGAGUAUGGUGAUCAACAGCGACCGCCGGCGCAAGGUCCCCGGGCUGAUAGAGUACCCAAUUGGGGCGGAGAACGGCAGAAGCUACUCCGAAAACGUGGUAUUUUUGCUCUGCAAGUAUUUGCCGCGCGCCAAGGACACGGGCGUCGACCUCACAGUGCACACGUCUGUGACGAGUCUGCAGAACUACCUGGCCGAUGCGCUACUGAAGUUCUUAUCUAUCAACCCCGGAUUGUUCACAUACGCUAUUGAAUGUUUGCAGCAAUUGAUAGAAGGCGAUCCAGCGAACGAUUUUAUUUAUAGACUGAUGCAGGCAAAAGUUGCAAUAUGCAGCAAUUCAAAUGAACUUAAAGCGGUCCAGUUUCUGAACAGCACGGUUACUCGCUUUCUUCCGAACAUAGCGGCCCUCCACAACAGAGACCUGCAGAACGCCAUCGACUUAUUGAACGUGCAGGUCGGGUUCCUACUACAGAAGGAAGACUACGAGUUUGCCCUUCCCUUGGCUCAGAAAGCGACGUCUCUUGUGCAUGAUAACUUCCUUUCUUGGGAGCAACUAGCGACAUGUUACAUCGGGCUUGGACAGUAUGAUGAAGCCUUACUAGCGAUCAAUUGCAUGCCACGCUUAGCUCAAGGUACUCCUGGCUACGCAGCAUCCAUGAUAGACCUAAUUGACUCCAAUUACUACAAGAGACCGAUGAGCCUAGGGCCAACUUCUGAUCUCUAUUCCGUUGAGACCAAUUAUAUAUCUCACUCUGUUCCACAUUCCAACCACUUGGCUCUGCAGACGAUGAUAUAUGGCCGAACGGUUAUGUCAAGACCGUCUACAGCUGCAGGAUGCAUAGAGGAAAUCUGGAACGGGCCCUGCAUGAAGUUGGGCCCGAUAUAUGGCCCGGAUAGCUUCAACUUACUGGCAUUUGUGUCUCCGAGUGAGAAUAACGCUAUCAAGGACCGUGGCGUCCUCCAACGAAAUUCUAGUUCGACUCGCCUGUCCGGCGGGGAUGAGCGUGUUUACAGCUUGCUCAUGGAUAUUGUCGCACGUAUCGGCUGGAACCGCUUCCUCGACAUUCGUGCACGCAUUUUCGUCAUGCGCAGCGAGCACUCCACAAGUCCGACAGUGGUGCCUGAACUUAAGCAGAAACGCCUCUGCGAAAAAUGGCUUGAUGAGCUCUUUCUCAACUUAUAUGAAGACUUACGUGUCUCUGCCAACUCCCCACUCCACACACAGGAUCUUCAGAACAGUGGACUUGAGUGGCAGCUACUCGGCUUGACCCUUCUGCGCACCCGCUACAUGGACGAGGCUGUUGCUUGUUUGCGGACUAGCAUUCUCGUGCGCUUUGAUGUUAUAUCUGCUCACAAGCUUCUGCACCUCUUCCUCGACGGUAGUCUUACUACCCUAGAUACUGAUGUUAUCUUGCGUCUUGUUGUCGCCAAUGCGGCCUACGCUGCACGUUUCUAUGACUGGUGUCAGACACUGACAAUCCUCGUCUUACGUCGCUUCUGCGAAGUACAUCCGAAGGAUGUCAUCCGCAGUCGCAUCCACGGGCUCUAUCCUCCAGACACUGGCAUCCUACCGCUCAUAGACAGGUUCUUAGACCGGCUAGACUUCAUAUGA